ACGGCCGCACUCCAGCUCUGAAGCUGUGCUGAGCCACACCACAAGCAACUCUGAAGCUGUGCUGAGCCACACCACAAGCAACUCUGAAGCUGUGCUGAGCCACACCACAAGCAACUCUGAAGCUGUGCUGAGCCACCCCACAAGCAACUCUGAAGCUGUGCUGAGCCACACCACAAGCAACUCUGAAGCUGUGCUGAGCCACACCACAAGCAACUCUGAAGCUGUGCUGAGCCACACCACAAGCAACUCUGAAGCUGUGCUGAGCCACACCACAAGCAACUCUGAAGCUGUGCUGAGCCACACCACAAGCAACUCUGAAGCUGUGCUGAGCCACACCACAAGCAACUCCAACUCUGAAGCUGUGCUGAGCCACACCACAAGCAACUCUGAAGCUGUGCUGAGCCACACCACAAGCAACUCUGAAGCUGUGCUGAGCCACACCACAAGCAACUCCAACUCUGAAGCUGUGCUGAGCCACACCACAAGCAACUCUGAAGCUGUGCUGAGCCACACCACAAGCAUCUCUGAAGCUGUGCUGAGCCACACCACAAGCAACUCCAACUCUGAAGCUGUGCUGAGCCACACCACAAGCAACUCCAACUCUGAAGCUGUGCUGAGUCACACCACAAGCAACUCUGAAGCUGUGCUGAGCCACACCACAAGCAACUCUGAAGCUGUGCUGAGCCACACCACAAGCAACUCUGAAGCUGUGCUGAGCCACACCACAAGCAACUCUAACUCUGAAGCUGUGCUGAGUCUCACCACAAGCAACUCUGAAGCUGUGCUGAGCCACACCACAAGCAACUCUGAAGCUGUGCUGAGCCACACCACAAGCAACUCCAACUCUGAAGCUGUGCUGAGUCACACCACAAGCAACUCUGAAGCUGUGCUGAGUCACACCACAAGCAACUCUGAAGCUGUGCUGAGCCACACCACAAGCAACUCUGAAGCUGUGCUGAGUCUCACCACAAGCAACUCUGAAGCUGUGCUGAGUCACACCACAAGCAACUCUGAAGCUGUGCUGAGCCACACCACAAGCAACUCUGAAGCUGUGCUGAGCCACACCACAAGCAACUCUGAAGCUGUGCUGAGCCACACCACAAGCAACUCUGAAGCUGUGCUGAGCCACACCACAAGCAACUCCAACUCUGAAGCUGUGCUGAGCCACACCACAAGCAACUCCAACUCUGAAGCUGUGCUGAGCCACACCACAAGCAACUCUGAAGCUGUGCUGAACCACACCACAAGCAACUCUGAAGCUGUGCUGAGCCACACCACAAGCAACUCCAACUCUGAAGCUGUGCUGAGUCACACCACAAGCAACUCUGAAGCUGUGCUGAGCCACACCACAAGCAACUCUGAAGCUGUGCUGAGCCACACCACAAGCAACUCUGAAGCUGUGCUGAGCCACACCACAAGCAACUCUGAAGCUGUGCUGAGCCACACCACAAGCAACUCUGAAGCUGUGCUGAGUCACACCACAAGCAACUCUGAAGCUGUGCUGAGCCACACCACAAGCAACUCUGAAGCUGUGCUGAGCCACACCACAAGCAACUCUGAAGCUGUGCUGAACCACACCACAAGCAACUCUGAAGCUGUGCUGACCCACACCACAAGUAACUCUGAAGCUGUGCUGAGUCACACCACAAGCAACUCUGAAGCUGUGCUGAACCACACCACAAGCAACUCUGAAGCUGUGCUGAGCCACACCACAAGCAACUCCAACUCUGAAGCUGUGCUGAGUCACACCACAAGCAACUCUGAAGCUGUGCUGAGCCACACCACGAGCAACUCUGAAGCUGUGCUGAGCCACACCACAAGCAACUCCAACUCUGAAGCUGUGCUGAGUCACACCACAAGCAACUCUGAAGCUGUGCUGAGCCACACCACAAGCAACUCUGAAGCUGUGCUGAGCCACACCACAAGCAACUCUGAAGCUGUGCUAAGCCACACCACAAGCAACUCUGAAGCUGUGCUGAGCCACACCACAAGCAACUCUGAAGCUGUGCUGAGCCACACCACAAGCAACUCUGAAGCUGUGGGAACCGACCUGUGA